UUCACUAUUAUUUUUAGCAAUUUUAUUGUUUUAUUUUUACUGUAACUCAGUCCCAAUUCCCAAACGAAAAGGGCGAAGCCGAGUCAUGACGACGAUUCGCAGAUUUUGCUGCAAUGAUCUUCUCCGAUUCGCCUCUGUAAAUUUUGAUCACCUCACUGAAACCUUCAACAUGUCCUUCUACAUGACCUAUUUAGCAAGGUGGCCAGAUUACUUUCAUGUCGCAGAAGCCCCUGGAAACCGAGUAAUGGGUUACAUUAUGGGAAAAGUUGAAGGGCAAGGUGAAUCUUGGCAUGGUCAUGUAACUGCUGUAACUGUUGCUCCAGAAUACCGCAGGCAACAAUUAGCGAAGAAACUCAUGAACCUGCUUGAGGACAUCAGUGACAAGAUUGAUAAAGGUUAUUUUGUGGAUCUAUUUGUACGAGCAUCAAACACACCAGCAAUAAAGAUGUAUGAAAAGCUUGGAUAUGUGAUCUAUAGAAGGGUUCUACGGUAUUAUUCAGGGGAGGAAGAUGGGCUAGAUAUGAGGAAAGCUUUAUCACGUGAUGUUGAGAAGAAGUCUAUUGUCCCUCUUAAACGGCCCAUUACGCCAGACGAAUUAGAGUAUGAUUGAUUCUAAACUCACUAAGGAAAUUCUGGCAACUUAGGUGUUAUGAGCAUUAGCAUAUCUUUGGCAUAUGAAAGUAGUUUUCAUGGCUACAUUUACCAUUUCUGUCCUCAGUCUUUGUUUCAGUGCUUCUUAAUCAGCACUCUCAUCCAAUGCUAAGACAUGAAUUAUCGAGUUCCUUUUUAGUGGACCAAAAGUAAUAGUCACUGUGCCUUUUCCA